AUGGCCACCACUCGUGCCAAGUCGAAAGCUGGGCGGCAGGGCUCAGAGCAGGCCCGCGGGCAUGCGCCCAGCAGCAGGGGCAAGUCCAAGGCUGUGCCCAAGGCAGCCCCCACCAAGUCCAAGGCAGCAAAGCAAGCUCCAGCCAAGAAGCGCGGCAAGCACGCCACGGCGGCUGGGGCGCCCGGCACCUCGGCUGCCGCAGCCGCCGCCGCCGCCCCUGCAGCAGGCGGAGGCAGCCAGCUGGUGGUGACCAACCGGGCGCCGGUGCUUACGCUGUGGGCGGCGGUGGUGGCGCAGCGCGAGGGGUACAGCUGGGAGGAGGGGCUGACGUUUGGGCGGUACAUCGCGGGCGUACUGGCGCACAGCAAGGGCAAGGCGUUGGGCCUGUAUGAGGAUCGCGAGGUCAGCGAGGAGGAGCGGGAGGACAGGAGGCGGCGGGAGGAGGAGGCGGGGGUGGAGCGCGUGCGGGUGUUUGGCAUGAAGUGCCCCGCCCUGCUGGUGGACGGCCAGCGGCGCGCGGUGCACGAAAGCCAGGCGAUCGAGCCGUCCAGCGUACAGGCCAGCCUGCGACGCUCUCUGGGCGUCCGCUUCCAAGACACAAAGGCUGCGAUGGAGGAGCUGGCUGGCGCCAUCCCCGCCGCCCGCAUCCCGCGCGUGGCCUACAAGCUGUACGAGCAGUUCAGGCCGGAGUGGAAAGGGUGGGGCGUGAAGAGCCAGCUGGAUCUGCAAACCAUCCGGGGCCUGGCGGCCACGUGGCAGGAGGAGGCCUAG